GUCAUGAUAAAAACAAAAGCUUUGAAAAAAGCGUAUGAACGAGAAAGAUGAAUGGGAACGAGUUCCGGUUCUUCUUGUCCUGCGAUAUCAAUCUUCCGGUGACUUUCCGAAUCGAUAAGUUGGAAGGAAAUUUGCCUCCUUCUAAAUCCCUCGAUUCCGAUGAUGAUUCAACUACUGAUGAGAGAAAAGCGGAGUUGUAUGUGGAGUGUGCUUUGUACAUUGAUGGUGCUCCAUUUGGCUUACCCACAAGAACAAGGUUGGAAUCUGCAGGACCUUCAUAUUGUUGGAAUGAACUAAUCACAUUUAGCACCAAAUAUCGAGACUUAACUGGUCACUCACAGCUUGCUUUUACAGUUUGGGAUGUUUCACGUGGGAAAGAUGAGGGAUUAGUUGGUGGGGCAACGAUUCUUCUCUUCAAUAGCAAAAGGCAGCUCAAAACAGGAAAACAGAAGCUCAGGCUUUGGCAAGGAAAAGUUGCAGAUGGAUCAUUUAGUACAACUACUCCUGGAAAGGUCCCUAGGCAUGAACGCGGGGAAUUGGAGCGCUUGGAGAAGCUUAUGAACAAGUAUGAGAGAGGACAAAUCCCGCAUGUUGACUGGCUAGAUCGUCUUGCAUUCAAAUCUAUUGAUAAAAUCAAGGAGCGUGAAAACACUAUAAAUGGAAAUUCUAAUUUAUACCUUGUUGUUGAGUUUUGUGGCUUUGAGCAUCGAGUUGUUUUUCAGGAAUCAGGAGCAAAUUUUUUAUUACCAUCACCUAUUGCUUCAACAAAUGAAAUUGUCAUUGUUUGGGAUCCAGAAGUGGGGAAAAUAAAUCCUUCUGAGCACAAACAACUAAAGCUUGCAAGAAGUUUAACCCGUGGAGUUAUUGACCGUGACCUUAAACCUAGCUCCAAUGAAAGAAAGUCGAUACAAAGGAUUCUUAAAUACCCACCAACAAGGACUUUGAGUGGAGAUGAGAGGCAAUUAUUGUGGAAAUUUCGUUUCUCAUUGAUGUCUGAAAAGAGGGCUCUUACAAAAUUCCUUCGAUGUGUUGAGUGGAGUGAUGUUCAGGAAGCAAAACAGGCACUAGAGCUUAUGGGCAGGUGGGAAAUGAUUGAUGUUUCUGAUGCAUUGGAACUGCUGUCCCCUGUUUUCGAAAGUGAGGAGGUUCGUGCUUAUGCUGUCAGUGUCCUUGAAAGAGCGGAUGAUGAAGAACUUCAGUGCUACUUACUUCAACUUGUUCAGGCUCUUCGAUUUGAGCGCUCUGAUAAAUCUCGUCUUUCUUAUUUUCUUGUGCAGCGCUCAUUAAGGAACAUUGAGUUAGCCAGCUUUCUUCGCUGGUAUGUUGCUGUGGAACUUCAUGAUCCAGCAUAUGCCAAACGUUUCUACAGUACCUAUGAGAUUUUGGAAGAAAACAUGAUAAAGUUGCCUCCUGGUGUGAAUGGGAAUGAAGAUGGAUUUAAAUUAUGGCAAAGUUUAGUUCGUCAGACAGAAUUGACUGCUCAGUUGUGUUCUAUUACUAGAGAUGUAAGAAAUGUUCGUGGAAAUACCCAGAAGAAAAUUGAAAAACUUAGACAGCUACUUUCUGGCCUUCUCAGCGAGCUUACUUAUUUUGAAGAGCCAAUCCGAUCGCCAGUGGCUCCUGGUGUCCUCAUCACUGGAAUUGUGCCAUCAGAGUCAUCAAUUUUCAAGAGUGCAUUGCAUCCUUUGCGCCUUUCCUUUCGAACAGCAGCUGGUGGAAACUGUAAAGUUAUUUUCAAAAAGGGGGAUGAUAUUCGACAAGACCAAUUAGUUGUUCAAAUGGUAUCUCUGAUGGAUCGAUUGCUUAAGCUAGAAAAUCUUGAUUUGCACUUGACUCCAUAUAAGGUGCUAGCAACUGGACAAGAUGAAGGAAUGUUGGAAUUUAUUCCAUCUCAUUCUUUAGCACAGAUUCUCUCUGAACAUAGGAGCAUUAUAAGCUAUCUGCAGAAGUUUCAUCCAGAUGAGCAUGGACCAUUCGGUAUAACAGCCACCUGUCUUGAAACAUUUAUAAAGAGCUGUGCUGGAUACUCUGUUAUCACAUAUAUACUGGGCAUUGGUGACAGGCACCUUGACAAUCUCCUCCUCCAGGAUGAUGGGCGCCUUUUCCAUGUUGAUUUUGGCUUCAUUCUUGGUCGUGAUCCUAAGCCAUUUCCUCCACCUAUGAAGCUUUGCAAAGAAAUGGUUGAGGCUAUGGGUGGAGCUGAAAGUCAAUAUUAUACAAGGUUCAAAUCCUAUUGUUGUGAAGCAUACAACAUUCUCCGGAAAUCUAGUAAUCUUAUCUUGAACUUGUUUCAUUUAAUGGCGGGUUCCAAUAUCCCGGAUAUAGCUUCUGACCCUGAAAAAGGCAUUCUCAAGCUUCAAGAAAAAUUCCGGCUGGACUUGGACGACGAAGCCUGUAUUCAUUUUUUCCAGGAUCUAAUCAAUGAAAGUGUCAGUGCAUUAUUUCCUCAAAUGGUUGAGACAAUUCAUCGGUGGGCACAAUACUGGCGCUAAUCACCUAACACGAAUCUUAUAGUUUCUCAAAUCUGUAGAACAGAGUUAAGGUUGAAAGAGUUCUUGUAGUUCUGGAUAAAAAGAGAGAUCCAGCAUAGUUGUGCUGAGUAGACAGGGGAGUGUGUAUAUAUACUUUCAUUUCUGCUGUUCAUUAUUGCCAUAUAGUUUAGCCAUAUUGACUUUAAUGAUUUUAUUCUGUGUAUAUAAGUUAGAAUGUUUAAUGAUUUUAUCUCUUUAACUUUAUUUAUUUGUACAGAAAUACUUUCAGACUUGCAUAUAAUUUACAAAAAGCCAACUGAUUAUUUGUACUGACUGGUACAAGAUUAUAUAGACUAGUUUACUGUUGUUGGCUUUAA